GCCCAUGAACUGAACCUAUUGUCUUCACUUUGCAUCUUUUUCAACAUAAAAGUAUAAAAUUUGUAUUAAAACUGUUGUUAUCUCAAAGAGAAAAUGUUAGUGCUGUUACACUAUAGCAUAUUCCAUUUAUUUGUAAAGUAUUCAUUCAAUUAUGUGUUAUAAGUUACGCAUACACAUCAUUUUUAACGCGCUAUUUGCCGGUAUGCUGUAAAUACAGUAUUUCAUCAAAAGUACAAUCAAAUUGAUGAAGAAAUAAUGUAUGAAGAAGAUGAUUACAUUGAGGAAAACACCUGGACAUACAUUGCAUUAUGUGGCGAACCAACCCUCUACGAGGGUUUCAGAUUUGCAAGGGACUUGAUAUUAGCGAACUUUAUUCUGCGCUGUAUAAUCCAGUGGGUGCCUAUUCCCCACAACGUGCGGCACAGCGUGUCGCUCGUCAUCGGAACCUUCCUGCUGUACUGCAAUGUAGGCGCCGCCUUCGUGUGGACCGUGGGUCUGACCGCCAGCUCCUACAUCAUCAUACUGGCUCUGUCCUACAUAACCAACACGCAUAGAGGGGUAACAAUCUCUUUCAUUACCAUUGGUUACCUACUGCUCUGUGAGGUAUAUGUGAUUAAUCCCAAGAUGUGGCAGCAGAUUCGAGGCAUUCAAAUGAUAGCUGCAAUGAAAAUAAUAUCAGUAGCUAUAGAUUUGGAUAGAAACCUUUUUAAAACUAUGAUCAAUCCUGUUGAAUUUGGUGGUUACAUGAUGUGCCCAGCCAAUUGUAUUCUUGGGCCAUGGAUCUCCUUCCAUACUUAUAGUAAUUGCCUAGUAGUAAAAUUUUUAUCAAAGAGGUGGAUAAAAUUAAUUGUAUUAAAUUUUGCUUUGUCAAUGCUGUUUUUAGUUUUGUCAAACUGCAUUGUCCCAUGGUAUGUGCCAGAUAAUAUUACCAAGUGGUUGGUUGCAUAUAGAGAUGCCCAAGCUUUUAGGAUGUCCCAUUAUUUUGUUUCAAGUAUGUCAGUGGUAACAAUGCUGAGUGCAGGUUUUGGUCUCACAAAUGACUGUCACUCGGAACUAACCGUCACAAGACCAUUCUUUAUUGAGCUUCCAAGAUCUCUUGUGCAAGUAGUAGUGUACUGGAAUAUGCCUAUGCAUCAAUGGUUGAAGAAUUAUGUGUUUAAAACAUGUCAACCUUUUGGGCACUUUACAGCUCUGCUGUCAACUUAUGUGGUCUCUUCAUUGCUUCAUGGUCUGAAUUUCCAAUUAGCAGCUGUCUUGCUCAGCAUUGGAACCUUUUCUUAUGUGGAAUAUAACUUUCGAUAUAAGGUUGCAUCAGCAUUGGAAGUCUGCUGCUUAGCUAACCCAUGUACAAAAGCAUGCCACCACAGGCAUAAAAAGAAUAGUUUCCUAGCAGUCAUUAUCAACACGGUGUUUUCCUUAACAACAAUAAUACAUCUUGCUUAUCUUGGAGUAAUGUUUGAAGCAUCAUUUGCUGUCCAGGAAUCUGGCUACUCUUUCAACCACACUCUCAGUAAAUGGGAAAACCUUAAUUACUUCAGUCAUGGCUUAGUAGCAUUCACAUACCUUAUUUAUUUAAUGAUGUAACCUACUCAGUAAGUCAAUAGGAUUAUAGCUUACAGCUAACAAUACUGAAUUCACAAUUCUUACUUAUUUGCACAAAACAUAAUCACAAUAGUAGUAGUAGUAUUAGUAGAAAUAUCACAUAGGACUUGAACAUUUGUUAGCCACAUUAGGAACUGAUUUAAAUAAAAAAAAAAGCAAUAGGUGUUGUACUGAUAUUUUAUAUAUUAACAUUAUUCAUGUAUUGUGUGAUGUAACCCAGAAGAGCCAGCUCAGUUAUAAGAAUUAUAAAUGGAUAGGAAACUAUACACAGUUGGUAUAAAAUCUGAAUCCAUUAAAAAUGUGAUAUUAAGUGCUUUUAAUAAAUUUAGCAGUCAAUCUCUUUAAUGAUGGUUUGGAUAAAAAAAUGGACAAUUAUGGGUAAAGAAUUUAUAAAAAAUGGUUUCACUUGGUUUAAAUUAACAUUAACA